UCAGAGAUGGAGGUCUGGUCCGGCUGCAGGAGGAUCUGCUGCUGCUGCCGGGAUGAAGAGGAGGAGGAGGAGGAGGAGAGGAAGGACCAGGACCUGGACCUGGACCUGGACCGGGACCAGGACCUGGACCACCAGGAGACCAGCCUGAAGAUCAGCAGCAGCUGGACCUCGCUGCCGCCCGACCAGGACCAGGACGGUCCGGACCGGUCCGGCUCCAAGUCCAGCCCGUACUGGUUCCACACCCUGCAGACCCGGAGGUUCAAGGUCCAGAGAGGACGCAGCAACAGCGACCCCUUGAGAGGAAACCCGGCGCAGGACGCCUUCACCUGGAGACCCGGUCUGGAGUUCGGAGCCGCCCGGUCCUACCUGAGUCUGGAGAAGCUCGGGGAGGGAGCCUUCGCCUCCGUCUACAAGGGAAUCAGCAGGAUAAACGGGCAGCUGGUGGCGCUGAAGCAGAUCCGCAUGAAGACGGAGGAGGGCGUCCCGUUCACCGCCAUCAGAGAAGCCUCUCUGCUCAAACGCCUGAAACACGCCAACAUCGUCCUGCUGCACGACAUCGUCCACACCAGAGAGACGCUCACCUUCGUCUUCGAAUACGUGCAAACAGACCUGGCCCAGUACAUGAUCCAGCACCCUGGGGGGCUGCACUCCCACAACGUCCGGAUCUUCAUGUUCCAGCUGCUGCGAGGUCUCACCUACAUCCACAGCCGCAGGAUCCUCCACCGAGACCUGAAGCCCCAGAACCUGCUCAUCAGCUACCUGGGGGAGCUCAAGCUGGCCGACUUCGGUCUGGCCCGAUCCAAGUCCGUCCCCAGCCAGUCCUUCUCCUCGGAGGUGGUGACGCUGUGGUACCGGCCGCCCGACGUCCUGCUGGGCUCCACGGAUUACUCCACGGCGCUGGACAUCUGGGGGACGGGCUGCAUCUUCGUGGAGAUGCUGCAGGGGGCGCCAGCGUUCCCAGGAGUCUCCGACGAGCUGGAGCAGCUGCACAAGAUCUGGGCGGUUCUGGGCGUCCCGUCUGAAGACACGUGGCCCGGAGUCAGUCAGCUGCCCAGUUACAGACCAGAACGGUUUCGUCACUCUGAGCCGAAGCAGUUCAGGACGGUUUGGAAAAGGUUGGAGACGCUGCCCUACAGGACGGAGGACCUGGUCCAGCAGAUGCUCCAGCUGGUUCCGGGGAGCCGGGUCUCGGCCCAGCAGGCCCUGGAGCACCAGUACUUCAGAUCCCUCCCUACUCCCAUCAUGCACCUCCGGGACACCGUCUCCAUCUUCAAGGUCCCCGGAGUUCAUUUAGAGACGGAGGUCAGAGACACCUUGACCAUUGGGAGGAAGAUUAAACCAUCUCUGCUGCUCAGGGACUGGUGAGGGAACCGUCCAAUCAGGACAAGCACAGAGGUGGACACGACCUCCAGACACUGGGACAAGCAAAAACUCUCCUGGAAGAUGGACAAUGAUGGAAAGAUGAGGGAUGGAUGGAUGGAUGUGUCACGGAGUGGUUUGUUGAGGACCCAAACGCAGGAGAGCAGGAGUUGGAAAAAACGUAAAUUUAUUUGCAAAAACAAAAACAAACCAAAACCGCGGCUGAGGAUCAAAGGCCGACCAAAAACAUGAAUCCAAAACUUGACGAGGAGAAACAUGGAGGUAGAAACAGUACGGACCAGGGAGGAGCAGGGAAUGACAAGACUAGAUAUAACAGGGGAUAUUGAGACACAGGUGACGACAAUCAGGGCAGAUGGAAACAGGAGGGACAGAACUGAAAUUCAAAAACUGGGGGAAAUGUCAAACCCUGACAUUACACCCCCCCUCAAGGGACAGAUCCCAGAUGUCCCAAGGAAAACCCCACCCAGGGUGGGCGGAGGGUCCUGGUUCCUGAGUCUCUUCCUAAAUAAACGAUGAACCUGAUCCAGAAUCCCUGCUGACUCUGACUCUUC